UUGAGCAGUGCUUCUGAGGAUGCUGGUGCCACCAAUCGCGUGAGCGGGAAUGAUGGGUACGCGUUAACCGUACGACACUCGUGGGCGUUGAGGCGGAGCAUGGCCAAAUCGUGGUGUGAUGAGCCGCCUUCGCGGAUGUCGAGCGCCCGUGGUGCCGUGCGGCCGCUAAGAAAGCCUUCGACCACUGGCGGUGCGGCAGGUACGGCGUCGGACAGGGGUGGCAAGGCCCUAGCGCAAAGCGUCGCCAGGGAAAUUUGACCACUACAAGAUGUCGCCGCCCGCCCCUUCUCCACGCCCAAGGCCUCUCGCGCUGCCACUUUUACCGUCAUGGGAGUCCUCGAAAACGUCGCUGGCCCAUUGGGCUCCUUGUCCUCGAACGCGCCCACGCUCGUCCUCGCCAUCGCCGGCUUCUUCUCCUUUAUCGUGCUCGCCAUUGUUUUGAACGUCCUGAGCCAGGUGCUCCUGAAGAAGUCCAAUGAACCGCCCAUGGUCUUCCACUGGCUUCCGUGGAUUGGCAGCACCGUCACCUACGGCAUGGACCCCUACAAGUUCUUCUUCGCAAACAAGGAAAAGCACGGCGAUGUUUUCACUUUUGUUCUGCUCGGCCGGAAGAUGACCGUCUGCCUGGACACCAAGGGCAACAACUUCAUCCUGAACGGCAAGGCCAAGGACGUCAACGCCGAGGAGAUCUACAACCCCUUGACUGGGCCUGUUUUCGGCAAGGAUGUCGUGUAUGACUGCCCGAACUCGAAGCUCAUGGAGCAGAAGAAGUUCGUCAAGUUUGGCCUCACCUCCGACGCGCUCCGCUCCUACGUCGAGCUCAUUACCCACGAGGUCCAGGAUUUCGUCAAGCGCCACAAGGCCUUCAAGGGCCAGAAGGGCACCUUUAACGUUCCUAAGGUUAUGGCGGAGCUCACCAUCUACACCGCUUCGCGUUCGCUCCAGGGAGAGGAAGUCCGCAACAUGUUCGACUCCAAAUUCGCCGCUCUCUUCCACGACCUCGAUCUCGGUUUCUCCCCGCUCAACUUCCAGCUCUCGUGGUUCCCGCUCCCGCACAACCGCAAGCGCGACGCGGCGCACAAUGCCAUGGUCGCUGUCUACUCCGAGAUUGUUCGCAAGAGGCGCGCAGGCGAAGUCAAGCGUGGAAACAGCCACGACAUGGUCUGGCAUCUUAUGGAAUGUGAAUAUAAGGAUGGAACCCCGCUCCCCGACCACGAAAUUGCCGGUAUCAUGAUCGCGCUCCUGAUGGCUGGUCAGCACUCCUCCUCUUCGACUAUCUCCUGGAUUAUGCUGCGCCUGGCCACCAAGCCCGAGAUCGUAGAAGAGCUCCUCGCGGAGCAGAAGCGUAUCCUAGGCGACGAUCUGCCCGCUUUUACCAACGACGAUCUUCCUAGACUCUCUCUCCACGCCCAGGUCGUCAAGGAAACGCUUCGCCUACACUCUCCCAUCCACUCCAUCAUGCGCAAAGUGAAGCAGCCUCUUGUUGUCGAAGGCACCAACUACAUCAUUCCUACCUCUCACACGCUCAUGUCCUCUCCUGGUGUCUCCGCACGAAUGGACUCACACUUCCCGAACCCCUCUGUCUGGGACCCGCACCGCUGGGAUGCCCUCAACUUCGAAGAAGAUGACGACAAGGUCGAUUACGGAUUCGGCAUGAUCUCCAAGGGCGGUAAGUCGCCUUAUCUUCCCUUCGGUGCCGGCAGGCAUAGAUGCGUGGGUGAGCAGUUCGCGUACGUGCAAUUGCAGACCAUUUUGGCCACACUUGUUCGCGAGUUCAAGGUCAGAAAUGUUGGCGGCAGCAAGGACAUUAUCGGCACUGACUACACGUCAUUAUUCACCAAGCCAUUAUCGCCUGCCGUCGUGGAGUGGGAGAGACGGACUGCUGAGUUGUAGAGGGCUGUAAUGCGACGCUGGAUGUAUAUAAAGGACCAAGAGGAUUCGCUUCUGGAUCCUUCCGGACGGCUACAAGGCUGCCGGAUCCUAUAGACUAUUGUGAUUGUAAUAUUGAGAUACGUAGUAAUGAGUGCAUAGCGCAGAUUAGCGGCUCCAUGAGAAGAGCAUUGAAAUCAAGGUCAUCCAAA